AUGGCCGACCCCUCCAAGCUCACCGGCGACCCCAACUCCCACGACAUCUCCGAGUUCUCUGAAUCUCUCAGCGCAACCUGCCUUUGUAAAUCCAUCCGCGUGACCAUCACCGAUAAUGAGCUGUUCACGCGCCCCCGCGGCCAUUUGUGUCACUGUGCCAAUUGCCGCAAAGUGGCCGGCUCCUACGUCUCCUCGAACCUUGCGAUCGAGAAGGAGAAAGUCAAUGUCGACGAUCCCAAGAGCGUGAUGAAGAAGUACGUCGAUAUGGAGACGGGAAGCGGGAAGAAGGUUGAGCGGUACUUUUGUGGGAACUGCGGGAAUCCGAUCAUGUCGCUCCCUGAACUUCUCCCUGCGUUGGCGAUCGUGAAAAUGGGCAUGUUCCCCAGGAUUCCACAGCCGGAGUGUGAGAGUUUCGCGCUGCAUAGGCAUCCCUGGCAGGGCAAGCAUGAGGGACUGACGCAGUUUGAGAUUGUGCGUGGCGGGAAGAAACUCGGAGAAUGA